GUUAAGGUCUUGUUAGGCCGAGGGGUGUCUGUGCUGUUCUUCUGAAACUAUUAGCAGCGGUAGAGAGUGGGGAAUCUUCUUUUUGGUCUGCAGCCCUCUGCCAGAUAAAAUGAGCGAUGCUGAGAUGGAAAUAUACGGGGUGGCUGCCCCAUACCUCCGCAAAUCAGAGCGGGAGAGAAUCGCAGCACAAAACAUGCCUUUUGAUGCCAAAACAGCCGUCUUUGUGCCUGACCCGAAGCAGGAGUAUGUGAAAGGGAAAAUCAAAAGCCAAGAUGGCUCUAAGGUCACUGUGGAGACUGAGGAUGGAAAGGUUGUCACAGUGCACCUGGAUGACAUUCGCCCCAUGAACCCUCCUAAGUUUGACAAGCUGGAGGACAUGGCCCUGCUGACACAUCUGCAUGAACCUGCCGUGCUCUUUAACCUCAAGGAGCGCUACGCUGCCUGGAUGAUCUAUACCUACUCUGGGCUCUUCUGUGUGACUGUGAACCCCUAUAAGUGGCUUCCGGUUUACAACCCGGAGGUGGUGGCCGGUUACCGUGGGAAAAAACGUCAGGAGGCCCCCCCACACAUCUUCUCCAUCUCUGACAGCGCUUACCAGUACAUGCUCACAGAUCGAGAGAACCAGUCUAUCCUGAUCACUGGAGAAUCUGGUGCCGGGAAGACCGUCAACACAAAACGAGUCAUCCAGUAUUUUGCAACAAUUGCAUCAUUCGGAGACUCGAGCAAGAAAGAGCAACUUCCCAGCAAAAUGCAGGGAACUCUGGAGGAUCAAAUCAUCCAGGCCAACCCUCUGCUAGAGGCUUUUGGGAACGCCAAGACUGUGAGGAACGACAACUCCUCUCGAUUUGGCAAAUUCAUCCGCAUCCACUUUGGAACAAAAGGGAAGUUGGCAUCAGCUGAUAUUGAAACGUACCUUUUGGAAAAAUCCAGAGUGACCUUUCAGCUGCCGGCAGAGAGGAGCUAUCACAUCUUCUAUCAAAUCUUGUCAAACAAGAAGCCCGAUUUAAUCGAAAUGAUGCUGAUAACCACCAACCCAUACGACUACCCUUUCAUCAGCCAGGGUGAACUCACUGUGUUGAGCAUCAAUGACACGGAGGAGCUGAUGGCCACUGACAGUGCCAUUGACAUCCUGGGGUUUAGCGUGGAUGAAAAGGUCGGCAUCUACAAGCUUACUGGCGCUGUGAUGCAUUAUGGGAACAUGAAGUUCAAGCAGAAACAGCGGGAGGAGCAGGCGGAACCCGAUGGCACCGAGGUGGCAGAUAAGGUCGCUUACCUCAUGGGUCUGAACUCUGCUGAUUUGCUGAAAGCGUUGUGUUAUCCUCGAGUGAAGGUUGGGAAUGAGUAUGUCACCAAGGGUCAAACUCCUCAGCAGGUGAACAAUGCCAUGGGCGCCCUGUCUAAGGCGGUGUAUGAGAAGCUGUUCCUGUGGAUGGUCACCAGGAUCAACCAACAGCUCGACACCAGACUUCCAAGACAGCACUUUAUCGGCGUCCUGGAUAUUGCAGGGUUUGAGAUUUUUGAGAUGAACAGCCUGGAGCAGCUGUGCAUCAACUUUACCAACGAGAAGCUGCAACAGUUUUUCAACCACCACAUGUUUGUGUUGGAGCAAGAGGAAUACAAGAAAGAAGGGAUUGUGUGGGAGUUUAUCGACUUUGGCAUGGACUUGGCAGCCUGCAUUGAGCUCAUUGAAAAGCCGAUGGGUAUUUUUUCUAUUCUCGAAGAGGAGUGCAUGUUUCCGAAGGCGACAGACAGCUCCUUCAAGAACAAGCUGUACGACCAACACCUGGGGAAGAACAGCAUCUUUCAGAAGCCCAAGCCCUCCAAAGCAAAGGCCGAAGCCCACUUCUCACUCGUGCAUUAUGCCGGCACUGUAGACUACAACAUCGGCGGCUGGCUGGAGAAAAACAAAGACCCGCUAAACGACACUGUGGUGCAGCUUUACCAAAAAGCUUCCCUGAGGCUGCUCUCCCAGAUCUUUGCCACAUAUGCCGCUGCUGACGCUGCUGAUGGAAGUAAGAGAAGUGCCAAGAAAAAGGGGUCUUCUUUCCAGACGGUUUCUGCACUUUUUAGGGAAAACCUGAAUAAACUGAUGGCCAACCUCCGGUCCACACAUCCACACUUUGUAAGAUGCAUUAUCCCCAAUGAAACCAAGACACCAGGGUCCAUGGAUCACCAUCUGGUCCUUCACCAGCUGCGCUGUAACGGCGUGCUGGAAGGAAUCAGGAUUUGCAGAAAAGGAUUCCCCAGCAGGAUCCUCUAUGGAGAUUUCAAGCAGAGAUACAGGAUUCUGAACGCCAGUGCGAUCCCGGAGGGGCAAUUUAUUGACAGCAAGAAGGCUUCAGAGAAACUGCUCUCCUCUAUUGAUGUGGACCAUGCGCAGUAUAGAUUUGGAUCCACAAAGGUGUUUUUCAAAGCCGGCCUGCUGGGUCUCCUGGAGGAGAUGAGGGAUGAGCGGCUGGCUGUGCUGAUGACUCGUCUCCAGGCUGUGUCCAGAGGUUACGUCACCAGGCUCCGGCUCAAGGAAAUGACCAAGACAAGAGAGUCCAUUUUCAUCAUCCAGUACAACAUCCGCUCCUUCAUGAAUGUGAAGAACUGGCCUUGGAUGAGGCUCUUCUUUAAGAUAAAGCCACUUUUACGAAGCGCGGAGGCCGAGAAGGAGAUGCAGAACCUGAAAGAGAAGUUCUCACGACUCAAAGAGGACUUUGCAAAGUCGGAGGCCAGGAGUAAGGAGCUGGAAGAGAAAAUGGUCAUGCUUGUCCAGGAGAAGAACGACCUUUAUCUUCAAAUCCAAGCAGAACGGGAGAACCUGUGCGACGCCAAGGAGAGGUGCGAAGGCUUGAUAAAGAGCAAGAUCCACCUGGAGGCCAAAGUCAAAGAGUUCUCCGAGAGGAUGGAGGAAGAGGAGGAGAUCAACGCCGAAAUCACGGCCAAGAAGAGGAAGCUGGAGGACGAAUGUUCGGAGCUAAAAAGAGACAUCGACGACCUGGAACUCACCAUCGUUAAAGUGGAGAAGGAGAAAUACGCCACCGAAAAUAAGGUGAAGAACUUGGUAGAGGAGCUCACUACUCAGGAGGAAAAACUGCUGAAGUCUUCAAAGGAGAUGAGAGCUCUGCAGGAGGUGCACAAGCAGACACUGGAUGAUCUCCAGGCCGAGGAGGAUAAAGUCAACUCUCUGAUGAAGGCCAAAAUCAAGCUGGAGCAACAGGUCGAUGACCUGGAGGGCUCACUGGAGCAGGAGAAGAAGGAGAAUGCAGACUCUGAGAGAUCCAGAAGAAAACUGGAGGGGGAUCUGAAGCUGUCUCAGGAAACCAUCAUGGACCUGGCAAAUGAAAGACAGCAAAUGGAGGAGAGACUCAAAAAAAAGGACUUUGAAAUCAGCAGCCUGCAGUGCAAAAUCGAUAAUGAGCAAGUCCUUAACACUCAACUACAAAAGAAUAUCAAAGAGCUUCAGGCUCGCACCGAAGAGCUAGAAGAGCAAAUCGAGGUUGAACGUUUGGCUCGGGCCAAAGUGGAGAAGCAGAGGUGUGAUCUGUCCCAAGAGCUGGAGGAGAUCAGCGAGAGGCUGGAGGAGGCCGGGGGAGCCACCGCCACUCAGGCCGAGCUGAACAAGAAACGCGAGGCCGAGUUUCAGAGGCUGCGUCGGGACCUGGAAGAGUCCACCCUGCAGCACGAAUCCAUCGCCUCAACUCUACGCAAGAAACAGGCCGACAGUGUCGCCGAACUCAGCGAUCAAAUAGACAACCUUCAAAGAGUCAAGCAGAAACUGGAGAAAGAGAAAAGUGAGCUGAAGAUGGAGAUUGAUGACAUGGCAAGCAACUUGGAGAGUGUUCUGAAAAGCAAGGCUAAUCUGGAGAAACUGUGCCGGAGCUUUGAAGACCAAAUGAAUGAAUAUAAAACCAAAGCAGAUGAAGCCCAGAGGUCUCUGAGUGCUUACGUUACACUCAGUGCUCGUCAACAAACAGAAAACGGUGAGCUUACACGUCUGCUGGAGGAGAAAGAGAUCACUCUGUCCCAGCUGAGCAGAGUGAAAUCUGUGGGGAGUCAACAAAUCGAAGAGUUGAAGAGACUUUUGGACGAGGAAAUGAAGACAAAAAGCUCCCUGGCUCACAGUUUGCAGUCAUCUCGCCAUGACUGCGAGCUGCUGAGAGAGCAGUACGAGGAGGAACAGGAGGCCAAAGCUGAGCUGCAGCGCUGCCUGUCCAAAGCCAACAGCGACGUGGCUCAGUGGAGAACCAAAUACGAGACGGACGCCAUCCAACGCACCGAAGAGCUCGAGGAGGCAAAGAAGAGGCUGGCUCAGCGGUUGCAGGACUCUGGGGAAAUGACAGAGGCUGCAAAUGUCAAAUGUGCAUCUCUGGAAAAAACCAAGCAGAGGCUGCAGGCAGAAGUGGAGGAUCUCAUGGUUGAGCUGGAAAGGUCAAAUUCAGCAAAUGCCUCCUUGGACAAGAAACAGAGAAACUUUGAUAAGGUACUAGCUGAAUGGAAACAGAAAUAUGAGGAGAGUCAAUCAGAUCUGGAAGUUUGCCAGAGAGAGUCUAGAGUGCUGAGUACUGAACUCUUCAAGCUGAAAAAUUCAUUUGAAGAGGCUCUGGAUCAUCUGGAGACCAUGAAAAGAGAGAAUAAAAAUCUUCAGCAGGAGAUUACAGAAAUCACUGAGCAAGUUGGACAAUCUGCAAAAACUAUCCAUGAGCUGGAGAAAGCUGCAAAGCAAGCUGAGCAGGAGAAGAGAGGCACCCAGGCAGCUCUUGAGGAGGUCCAGUCUUCCCUGGAGCACGAGGAGGCCAAAAUCCUGCACCUUCAACUGGAACUAAAUCAGAUCAAGUCCGAAGUUGACAGAAAGGUGGCGGAGAAAGACGAAGAAAUCGACAAGCUCAAGAGGAAUCACCAGAGAAGCGUGGACACUCUGCAGAACACGCUGGACGCCGAGACGCGCAGCAGAAACGACGCCACCCGGAUGAAGAAAAAGAUGGAGGGAGAUCUGAACGAGAUGGAGAUCCAGCUGAGUCACGCCAAUCGGCAGGCGGCCGAGGCCACCAAACAGCUGAGGAACCUGCAGACGCAGUUGAAGGACGCCCAGGUCCAUCUGGAUGAAGCGCUCCACAGUCAGGAGGACUUCAGGGAACAACUAGCUAUCGCAGAGCGCCGCAACAACCUGAUGAUGGCCGAGAACGAGGAGAUCAGGGCGGCGCUGGAGCAAUCCGAGAGAAGUCGCAAGUUGGCCGAGCAGGAACUGAUCGACGUCAGUGAGAGGAUCCAGCUGCUGAACUCUCAGAACUCCAGCCUCCAAAACAAUAAAAAGAAGAUGGAGUGUGAUUUAGCUCAGCUGCAGUCAGAGAUGGAGGACGCCGUCCAGGAGGCGAGGGAUGCCGAUGAGAAAGCCAAAAAAGCCAUCAUGGAUGCUGCCAUGAUGGCCGAGGAGCUGAAGAAAGAGCAGGACACCAGCGCUCACCUGGAGAGGAUGAAGAAGAACCUGGAGGUGACGGUGAAAGACCUGCAGCAGCGAUUAGACGAGGCUGAAAACUUGGCCAUGAAGGGCGGAAAGAAACAGCUUCAGAAACUGGAGGCUAGGGUCCGUGAGCUGGAAAUUGAAUUGGAUGCAGAACAGAAACGCAGCGGCGAGGCCAUGAAAGGUGUGCGGAAAUAUGAGAGGAAAAUUAAAGAGCUCACUUAUCAGGGUGAGGAGGAAAAGAAGAGCUUGGCAAGACUUCAAGAUUUAGUCAACAAACUGCAGCUAAAAGUGAAAGCAUAUAAGCGGCAGUGUGAGGAGGCGGAGGAACAAACCAGUAUCCAUCUGGCUAAAGCUCGGAAGGUGCAACAUGAACUGGAGGAAGCUGAGGAACGAGCUGACAUCGCAGAAUCCCAGUUGAAUAAAUUACGAGCGAAGAGUCGCGAUGUUGCCGGUAAAGGGGAAUAGAUAUCUACACUGAAACAAUCCACCGUAGUGACACUGAAAACCAUUUACUGUCAAAAUGUCACUUGUUCAUGGUAAAAGGAAAAUAGAAAAGCUUAUUGGCGAUGCAUUGUUCAGGUAAUCCAGUGGGUUUUGAAAUGGUUUCUUUAGCUUGCGUAGAAUUUUUGCAGACUACAGUUUAAAGAAAUUCAAAUUCAGCUGUCUAGUCAGAGUUGUUAAAUCAGUAUGUACAAAACAACGUUUCUUGCAUACUGAAUACAGCAUCUAGUGACCAUUCUGUGUUGUUAAGCCUUGGAUCAGUCAGGACUGAGUAAAGUAAACAGUUACAGCUCAACAUGUUCCAGGAUUAGUGUCUACUCUGCAGUUAUUUAUGCACUGACCUGAACUAAAACUUCAUUCUUACUAAAACAGAUAUAUGCCUUUGUGAAAGUAUUUGAUUUGUGUCUGUCAAGCACUCUUGAGUUGUAUCUGAAAUUUAAUGUAAAAUGAAUUAUAUUAAUAAAUUAAACCUCCCUACAGUCUGAACACUAUCACAUAAUAACAUAUUUAACCAUAAAAGAAACAAAAUAUCUUAAAUGAUAUAAUAGUUUUGAUUGUAAAAGGUCCAACAAUGAGAAAAAUGUAUCUUCAAUUUGGAGUAUUUCUUCCUUAUUAAGCUGUAUAUAAAUAACUCACCAUUAGUCGUGUCUUGGUACCUGCGAUAAAAAUGGAUCGGCAAAAGAUGUAGAUACUUUAUCCACAUUUAACAUUAUUCCUUAUACCAAUACAAACAUAAAAUCUGAAGCUUUUUUCUGUAUUUGUUACAUCCUAAGUCAAGCCCCUUUAACUAACAUCAAAAAGGAACAGUAACUACUAUUUUAGAAACUGAAAUUGGAUUGAUAAUAAAAUAUAUAGUUGCUUACCAGAAGGUAUAACAUUUUUAGAUAUGAGGUUAGUUAGUUAUAAAAAUACAGACCCAACCUAGUCGCAAUCAAUAAAAUAAUAAAUGCAAUUAAAAAUACUGCAUAAAUUAAAGCAUUGAACCAGCAUGGUUAGAUUCUUAGAUGUUCAUACCACACUGUUGAUUUUAACUAAAAACCAGAGCACCGAGCUAAUACUA